AUGGCUCAGGCGGCGACCAUGGGCCCCCCGUUGUCUCCCAGAGAGCCUCGCCGAUCUGGGCGGCGUUCAGCACCCUCAGCAUCUGCCAGUACCUCCAAAUCGCCAGAUUCCGAUUCUGCUCCCCCUCCCCCCCGUGUCAAAGAAGGCCCAAACCACCGCCGCUCGCUGUCGACAAGCACUACCAACGGCAAGGGAAAGCGUCCAAAGACCGAAGACCUCGACGAUGCUCCUGAAGACGGACAGAGUGUCAUAUCCCCAGUCAAUGGCUCAUCUACCCCCCACCCUGCCAGCGGGAAUGGCAGGAACAAACGCAAACCGAAGGAAAAGGACAGACAAGUGAGCGUCACAGAUAGUAUCAGCGAAGCUUCGUCUCGGAAGACCGUCAAGGCGGCUGUGGUGGGCGUCGAAGAUGCCUCCGUUGAGCCUGCCGACGACGAAGAGGACGAACAGGGUGUAACGCGUUGUGUUUGCGGAAAGGACGACCCAGAUGCUGGGGAGUUCAUGGUACAGUGCGAGACGUGCAAAGUCUGGCAGCAUGGCCUUUGUAUGGGCUUCGAAUCCGAAGACCAACUCCACGACGACGAUUACUUCUACUACUGCGAACUAUGUCGACCGGACAUGCACGCUGACUUAUUGAAGAAACGCCUCCGACGUUCCCAGCACCCGGCUUCCAAUGUUCACGUCAGCUACCCUCCUCACUCUAGAACAUCUCGCUCACACUCCCCAUCCCUUUCGCACAAACAACCGAAUAAACGUCGCAAUACGAUGAAUAGUAGGGAUGCCAACUUUGAUGAAAGCAUCAAAGAGAUAAUGGAAGCCUCUGCAGCUGAAGCGGCUGCGUUCGAUUCGAAGAGCGUCACAUCUAAUGGCCAUGUUAAUGGGACUGCGCCUCCAGAAGGAGAAGAAGUUGUCCCCAACAACCGGAAAAAGCGAAAACGCAGUGACGACGACUCUAAUCCCAAGAAACGUACGCGAUCAAUGUCAACCGUGUCGGAUCGACCCAUAGUAUCCACGGUUGAUCACGAAGAGACACCCGCGCCGUCCGUAUCAGCCAAACCACCGAACAACCCUGCACCCCCAGCUCCCAAAAGCGCAACUCGACAAAGACGCGGAGGACCUCGCAAGACGGUUGUUCAUGAGACUCCUGGUGAUGGGGAGGAUGGCACCGCCGCCCCUGCCCCGAAGAGGCAGACUCACAGUCGUGCCAAGGCGAACCCCAAACGACCGCCAGCAUCAUCACAUAUGCCAGGCCACGAUCGACGCAACCCAGGAGGACUUAACGGUACCAGCAAUGGACCUGCGGAAGCACGAGCCUACCGCAAUUCUCAUGCAUAUGUCGUGUCACAACAACCGCUGUUCACCUCGUGGAAUCUCCCCGACUACCUCGCCCACCUCGGACACAUGCUCCCCACAGACACGCCUCAACCGCUCGAAGUAAGGGGAGGUGUGGGUGUCCUAAACAACUCCGUGAACGGGCGAGAAAGUUCAGAGAGGACGCUAGAAAGAGGUGUCAAAGUCAAAUGGCCGAGCAAGCGAAUGAGCGUAGGGGACAUGAACAAGCGUGUGAGAGCUCUCAUGGAUUGGGUUGGCCGAGAACAAGCAAGCGCGCUAGAUCGUGGUAGACGGAGGGAAGCACUGGAGAAAGCACUUAAAGAAGCUCCCGCUAGACAGCUUGCUGACGUCGGCAGCCCGAUGGUCCUUGACCAAGCUACUCCGCGUCAGUCUCCCGCUCAAAACAAAGAAGAGACGUCCAACCCAGGUCCUGCAUCGGGUCCGUCUCGAGCAGAAGAGGCCGCUUCCUCGGAAGCAUCAACGAUGACCAUGAUGGAGUCUCUCAUGGAAGAGCUUAUUGGCUUCCAGGAACGAUUUGGCUCCGGCGUCAAGACUCGCGAGCGAGAACGAAGGACGAUGGCAGCGACUUCAUGA